GCAGCAGCACCGCAGAGUUGGAAGGGACCAAUUUAUGAAACCAAACGCGAGGAAGGAGCACGAAGAGGUUUGGGCUGCCGUUGCUGCUGAAUUAAAUGCAUUGGGAGGGACCCACAAGUCCCCUAAUCAGUGGAAAAAGUGUUGGAUAGACUGGAAAUCGGCAGUCAAGAAGCUGCACAAUGCCCACAGAGCGUUCGCCAGACGAACUGGAAACCUGCCGUUGCAAAAACCGUCCAAAACCGUUGGAUGCCAUGGACCGAGAAAUUCUGGAGUUUUUUUCCAGCGACAUGGUGUACGAAGAUGGGCUCACUCCCGAAAUUGGUUUGUCGACAACUGCUGAAAUGGUCGAUGUUACCAUUGAGGAUGAGGGUGAUGCUACUGCCAACAUUGGGUUGGCCGCAAACGCAGACAGUUUGGACAUCUUCGAAGUGGAGGCACUUGAAGAGGUUGCAAUGGGUCAGGUGCUUGAGGUUGUGCCAAACAAACAGCAACCCAAACAGCGCACAAACAAAAGCUGUGUGGAAGAGGCGAGCAGUCUCAUUGAAAAUCACCAUGCGCAGCUGAAAGAGAUUUUGGAGAGACAACACAAGGAGCACAUGGGUGUUUUAAAUGGAAUUCACGAUACACUGAGAGCUCUGCUGGAAACCAUGACGGGAGCGACUGUUGCAUAAGGAGUAGGCACAGCAAAAUAUUCAUAGUAUUUUCUAAAUAUUAUAUUCAUUGGUUGGGACCAAGGCUUUGCGUAUGUACACCAGUAGCAGUAGCUGCUUCAAACGGG